UGAUUUAUCUGAUCUAAAGGGAAAUAUUUAAAUGUCAACCCGGAAAUGGAGGUGAAGUGAUCUGUGAUCAUCAUCCAUUUAUUUGAAUGGUUUCUACUCUCCGUCAUCGUCAACCGCAGCGACUCAUCCACAGCAGCCACUUCAGGUCAGCGCUACACCUACAUCGUCCUAAAUCUCCUACGAAAUCAGAUAGAUCAUCGCACUUUUCUCCUUUAGUUCCUCCUCGCAAGGUAAUCUUGAUUCGGAAAAACACUGGACGAUGAUAAAGUUGUCAACUUGCUGAGCUGUGAUUGUUUCAUGGGCAAUACAUGCCGUGGAUUUUUAGGAGGCAAAAACUUUCAGGGCUACGCCAAGCCCCAAGAUCAUUCCAUCUCCAAGCGUAACCCUUCUUCAGGCCAUUCUGACUCUUCUGCUAAUUAUACCUCCCCUACCAGCUUGACCUCUUCCCAGAACAAAGAUCUUACUGGAGAUACCCAACCCAAUCCCAAACAAGAUCAGCACCUCUCUAUCAUCAGUGCCAAAAGGGACAGCAUCAUGAAUCGUUCCACCAACAACCAGGCUUACUACGUUCUAGGUCACAAGACUGCUAACAUUCGCGAUCUUUACACAUUGGGACGUAAAUUAGGCCAAGGUCAGUUUGGCACCACUUUUCUCUGCACCGAGAUUUCCACUGGUAUUGAGUAUGCUUGUAAGUCUAUUUCAAAGAGGAAGUUGAUCUCCAAAGAAGAUGUAGAGGAUGUUAGGAGGGAAAUUCAGAUAAUGCACCAUUUGGCUGGUCACAAAAACAUUGUUAGUAUCAAGGGGGCUUAUGAGGACCCUUUAUAUGUUCAUAUUGUUAUGGAAUUAUGUAGUGGUGGUGAAUUGUUUGAUCGCAUUAUUCACCGUGGUCACUACAGUGAGAGAAAGGCUGCUGAAUUGACUAAGAUAAUUGUGGGAGUUGUUGAGGCAUGCCACUCACUUGGGGUUAUGCAUAGAGAUCUCAAACCAGAAAAUUUCUUAUUGGUUAACAAGGAUGAUGAUUUCUCACUUAAAGCAAUUGAUUUUGGACUCUCGGUUUUUUUCAAUCCAGGCCAAAUUUUCACUGAUGUUGUUGGAAGCCCAUAUUAUGUUGCUCCUGAGGUGCUUACGAAGAAUUACGGUCCAGAAGCAGAUGUGUGGACAGCAGGGGUCAUACUUUAUAUACUGUUAAGCGGUGUGCCGCCCUUUUGGGCUGAAACACAGCAAGGGAUAUUCGAUGCAGUUUUGAAAGGUGACAUUGAUUUUGAAUCAGAUCCUUGGCCCAUAAUUUCAAACAGUGCAAAGGAUCUAAUCCGGAAGAUGUUGUGCAUGCAGCCUUCUGAGCGCUUAACUGCCCAUGAAGUAUUAUGCCACCCUUGGAUUUGUGAGAAUGGUGUUGCUCCUGAUAGAGCAUUGGAUCCAGCUGUACUUUCUCGCCUUAAACAGUUUUCAGCUAUGAACAAGUUGAAGAAGAUGGCCUUACGGGUAAUAGCAGAAAGCCUAUCAGAAGAGGAGAUUGCUGGUUUAAGGGAGAUGUUUAAGGCCAUGGAUACUGAUAAUAGUGGUGCAAUUACAUUUGAUGAACUCAAAGCUGGUUUAAGAAAAUAUGGGUCUACUUUAAAGGAUACAGAAAUACGAGAACUAAUGGAUGCGGCUGAUGUGGAUAACAGUGGAACCAUAGAUUAUGGAGAAUUCGUAGCAGCGACAAUUCACCUUAACAAAUUAGAACGUGAAGAACAUCUUGUUGCAGCAUUUCAAUAUUUUGACAAGGAUGGAAGUGGUUAUAUUACAGUUGAUGAGCUCCAGCAAGCUUGUGUAGAACAUAACAUGACAGAUGUUUUCUUUGAAGAUAUAAUCAGAGAAGUGGAUCAAGAUAAUGAUGGGCGGAUUGAUUAUGGGGAGUUUGUUGCUAUGAUGACAAAAGGAAAUGCAGGUAUUGGAAGACGAACUAUGCGAAACAGUGUGAAUAUCAGUAUGAGAGAUGCACCAGGAGCUCAUUAGCUUUUGAAAAGACACGUCAUCUAUAGGGUGUACAGGAUUGAUGGCAGAUGAUGAUGCAGCAGAGCUUUUGUUAUGCGCGCAUGCUUUCCCUUGAGUUGCCAUAUGCCUGCAGAAAUUGUUGUAAACUUUGUAGACUCCAUCCAGUGUAUGAAAGAAAUUGUUUCAGCUACUUUUAAGGUAUUAAAUUGUCACCUUCUGCAGCAUUGAAGAUAUUGACCUUUAAAUUAUUUUGCACGCA